AGUUUGCGGUGCCUGUGAACACCUCUGGUUAUACCUGUCUGGAAUCACAUCAAAGUGAAACUCGCCUGUCCUGUAGCUCAGUUGGUCGAGCAUUGCACUCCCGGUAGUGAGAGCCCGGGUUCAAGACGCUCCGGCGCUCGAUAUUUGAGACUCCUGACGGGGAUGGUCUGCGGUUGGUGGGAGCUGCCGCAGCCAGUUGAAGACAGAUAAUGGGAGGCGAUACUGCAGAAACGGUGACUCAAACAUCGAAGCCUGUCUUGGACAAGAGUGCUGUUCCAGACUUGGUUCACCACAUAUUUGGUCUGACAGUCACAAAUGUUAAGGAACUCAAUGCAUAUGAUGAUUUGAAUUUUCACAUACAGGUGGCACCCGUCCACAGCAAUCCAUUCAUCAAGGAGGUAUGUCCCGAUGGAUACACACUGAAAGCCCUCAACUCGGUCGAGUCCAAGCGACCAGCCAUUGUCGAGGCGCACAACCAGCUGAUGUGGAAACUCAAGGACGAGGGCUUUAGCGUCCCGUACCCGACUAGAACGGUCUCCAACACCGAGUGGUCUGUGGAGCGGCUGACCAAGACGGCCGGACCCCGCUGGAGACCGCAGGACGACAGCGAGCCUGCCUCCGACCACGUGGUGCGUCUGCUGGCGUUCGUGCCCGGCCAGAUCCUACACUCGGUCCCCUACACACCGACGCUGAUCUUCGAAAUGGGCGAGAUGGCCUCCCGCAUCGCCAACUGCCUCAAGGAUUUCCACCAUCCGGUGUACGACGACCUCGACUCGUCCUGGUACCUGCGCUCCGUGCCUCGCGUGGCUCAGUUCACCUGGGUGGUGAAGGACCCGACGCGCCGUCACAUGGCCGAGCAGGCCGUGGAGCGGUUCACGAAGGAGGUGGUACCCGUCAUUGACCAACUGCCGCAGGGCAUGCUCCACGGCGACCUGAACGAGCAGAACCUGCUGGUCUCGCCGGGCGCCGACGGUCAGCAGCACAUCGCUGGCCUGAUCGACUUUGGCGACAGCCACCGGUCGGCGCUGGUCUUCGAGCUGGCGCUGGUCAUCAUGUACAUGAUGGUCGACUGUCCGGCCGAGCUACCGCGGCUCGACGUCGGCGGCCACGCGCUGGCCGGCUACCGGCGCCAUCGGGCGCUCACACCGUCAGAGCUGAAGGUGCUCAAGACGUGCGUGUGCGCCCGUUUCGCGCAGUCCCUGGUCCUGGGCGCGUACGCCCACCACCAGAACCCUGCCAAUGAGUACGUCCUGAUGACGGCCACCAACGGGUGGACGGCGUUCGCGGCCAUCUGGGAGGAGCCAGAAGAGAGGCUGUACGCACGCUGGGAGGCCAUUGGCCGGGAGCGCUGGGCGGAAUAGAGGGAGGCGGGAAGACCACUAGCUAGGGAUGGAUAGCGGAGGCAUAGAGGAGUUUUAGCUGCAGGAAUGAUAACGCAGGGACGAUUCUGGGACCAGUUGGGGGACAAAAAGCAUACAUGCCGUGCAUGCCACAUAAAAUGCAUACCGUAUUGAACUUCUGAUGCUGUGUGAAACCGAAUGUAUUGUAAUGUUCGACUGAUACAGGAAACGUAACAGUGAAUUGUCACCUAUCGUGAUAAUUGAUAAAGAGCAAUAAUGUGAGUGUAAGACGAGUCUAUUUGGGUUUGGCGUGAGUAAGCGAAACGACUGUGUCAUCUUUUGCGUUGCCAGUAUCGAAACGGCUAGAACAAUUACCCUUAAUCAUUUAUUAUCUUGUAGCAUUGAUAUAUGCAUUUAGCAAAUAAUAGUCUUAUAUCUAUAUGUCGCACUAGUGACGAGCCAUAUCGUUCAGUCAUCAGAAUCAGGGUUUAUGUCCCAUGACAGCAAUAAUGUUUGCCGUUUGGGGAUGCAGUUACAAGCGUAUUUGGGUAUGGCGUUCGCUCACUGCCACAGUGAACAAAGACAAUUUGCUCAAUGACCGCGUUGUCUGUUGCAGUUUGCUGCGAUGUUAGUAAGUGGCUGAUGUUUACGAUAGUCGUAAGACAAUCGCUCAUAUCAUAUGCCCGUUGUGCUGCGCACGAGAUUCAACAUAAGCAAUACCAUGUGCCUUGGCAAUCAGCUGCUCUGAAAAUGAAAUGAACGUUUGAUUCAACCUGUUACUUGUUUACACAUUGACCGUAACGUUAUCGCUCGGUGGUUUUGAAUCUGAUAGCUUUUUGGAAUGGCGUGCCGUAAUACACGAGGACUCAUAGCCAGGGAUUACCAUUGGCCUGAUGUGGCUAUGUUGUUAGCACUGUAUCUUACCAGGCAUAAUUAACUGUGUUGGCAUGCGUUGAGCUGUAAUCCAUGUUCAAUCAAUUCAUAGUGCCUGAAAAUACACGUUAUCGAACCGUG